UAACGAAAGUACAAUGUGGAGUUUUCAGAAAGUAGUUUAGAUUUAAUAACUUGUAAUUUUUGUAUAAAGACAGCUUUCAGUCAGAUUUUCUUCAUCCGAAUUUAAAAAAUAAUUUUAAAUAUGUCUGAGAAAUUUUUUUAUCGUUUGUCUUGUCCAACUUCUAUGGUAACUCAUCUUUGUGAAUGCUCAGAAGAUUACAUAGCUGUCCCUUUAAAUGAAAGAGGAAAUAUAGCUGUCUGGAGCAUGAAAAAUAUUUUACAAGAGCCUUUGAUACUCAUUGGACACCACAAACUUGUUUCUGCAUUAGCUUUUUCUCAUCACCCUUCCAAUUAUUUUUUGUGCUCUUGUUCAUCCGAUAACAUCAUACUGUGGAAUUUGAUGCAAAAUGAUGGACAACCUUCAAAAGGACGAGUUUUGCAUUCACAUAUGGAAAUACCAACUUACUGCUCCUUUAGUUUAGAUAACAGCCAAAUUGCAGUUUCUUUUCCUAAUGGAAUGUGGAUUUUCAAUUUACAGAAAAACACAUGGGUUUUUUCUGUGGAAGAAAACUGUUUUAUUAUGUUUGCAUUUGGUUGUGAAAAUGACUUUUUAUUAGGAAUAGAAGAAAAUUUUCUCAAAGUUUGGAAUUACAAAACAAAUGAAGUGACAAAAAAAGUAAGUGUUUCAGUUGGUUUUCCAACUGCUUUUUGCACCCAUAAUCAAAGUGGGACAACAGUUGUUGGAACAACUUGUGGCCAUUUAAAUGUUUAUGAUAAAAACUAUAAUCUUAUUAGAAAUAUUCUGGUUUGGAAAUUAAUUGCUCAACAACUAAAAACUGAUUCUGCUGAAGAUGGUGCAUUCCAAGAUUUUAAAAGUGAUAGUUUUCCUGUAUAUUAUAUUAAAAUCUUCCAUUUCGAGACCAUUUCAAAUCCAUAUAAUUGCUUACCUGAAAAUAUAUACUUACUAAUUGUUACAAGUACAUGUUUAUUUCUGUUGAAAAUUAAUAAUGAAGAGGUUAUUCUUUUCAUUGAUUUCAAUGGUCCUUCUGAGAUUACCGAGAUAAAGUCAUCAAUUGGUUUAAUAAGAUCAGGAAUGAUUACUUGCAAUUCAGAUAAUUCUGAGGCAUAUGUGAUACUUAUUCCUGUAUUGGAUGAAUUUCUGAUGUUAAUCAAACUUUCCUUGAGUGAUGUUUUAUUAUCAGAAUCUACUAUUAGCAGUUUAAGGAUAGAAUCUGGUAGUCAUAUUUUAACUUUUUUAAACAGUAAGCACGUCGAAAACAGCAAAUCCUUGUUGAUUCCAAAGAUUCAGAAAACCAAAACAUCCAAAGGUUUAAAAAAAGGAUUAUCAAAGAAAAAUUUGCCUGUAACUUUCCAUUCCAAUAUUAAAUCUUCUGGAUAUGGGACAUUACACAAGCCUUUUGCAUUAUUUCAGCCACAUAUUCCCAAAGGGCAUAGAUAUCGAACUAAAAGACCUGAAUCAUCAAGAAAAUUUCGAAAUAAUGGGGAUGGAAAGAAAAAUAUAUUUGAAUGUGAUAGCAAUCCUAUAAAUUUUGAAAAUUUGGAACUCUUGAGCAAGAUUGAAUCAUUUGAAAAUCCUGUCAUGUCAUCUCUUCAAGUAUCAAUAGAUGGACAGUUUGUCAGUUGCACCUCUUCUGAUGGUCUAACAGAUAUUCUGAAAUUGGGGGGAAAACAUUUAAAGGUUUUUCGCAGUAUUGGAGCACACAAGGGAAAAGUUAAUUCUGCAAAGUGGAGCCAUUCAAAUAAAUUACUAAUUACUGCUGGAAAUGACCAAACAGUCAAAGUGUGGGAUCUUGAGCGGAAUUACCCGUUGUUAAACAUCGGUACUGAUAAUUUUAAUUCAGCUGCAGUGGAAAAAUGCAAAUUUGUGUUUGAAGAUGCUGUUGAACAAGCUCAGUUUUAUUACCUUGAUCGUUUUCUGUUAGCGACCGCAGGAAGUUGUUUGCAUUUGUUUGAAUAUAAGAUAAAUUUAGAGCCAUCCGGUAUUAAAAGCUUUAUAAACAAAAGCUCUUUGAAACUGGUGAAAAAAAUUCCAUUGGAAACCAAACGUAUAACAUCUCUGGCUGCUAUGAAUCAAUUCUUUUCUAACCUUGUGUUAUGCUCUGGAACUUCAAAACAUAUUGAUGUACUGGAUAUGACAGUUGGAAAAGUAAUACAUCGUAUGGUUGAUUCAAGUAUUAAACCUGCCCAUCUCAUUUGCCUCAAUGAAGGUUCACCUUAUACAACACAGUCAUCUUCAAUGUAUGAUUUAUUUUUGACAACGUCACUUUUUGAUGGUAUCAAAAUAUGGGAUUUAAGAACUAAUAAACCAGCACUUUGUUUCAAAGAACAUAAAUGCCGCUCAAUUCCUUGUGGCGCAAGCUUUUCACCUUGUGGUAAAUAUGUUGCAACUGGAAGUGAAGAUAGAUCGAUAUAUAUAUACGAUUUAAGACAGCUACAUCAUCAGCAUAAAAUAAAUGAUUGUCAAGCUGAUGUUUUUACCAGUGUUGCAUUUUCUCCAAAAUCUCAGCUUCUUGCCUCAUCAUUAAAUGGACUGAUACAUUUGUAUGGAAAAAACAUUGACUAAUAUUAAAAAUAUUGCUUUAUAGUGCACUUAUUUUGAUAUGGGAUGAGGAAUUUUUACAUUUUUAAAACAAAAUGACAUGAUGAAUUGAAAAAUUUUGAAAUAACCGUAUCAUGAAAACUACUGUUUUUGAUUAUUAUAGUUUUGGCAAAUGUUCCAAAUUUAUUUAUAUUGCCACUUUCAAAACAGCACUAAGCUUACUCAAUAUAAAUUUUCAAGAUACAUUUAAAAUCUUUCACUAAAAUUCAUACAUUAUGCAGAACAAGAGAUCCAGAUCCAUAUUAUAAAAGAUACGAUAAAACUGUUUCAUUACCAUUAAUGUCACAUUUGUAUUCCAAUUCUAUGCUUCAGCAUCAAUGAACCCAUCAAAUUUAAAUCAUUUUGCUGAUGGUUUUUUGAUGCAGGUAUAUCUCGCCUGAAAAUCAAAUCUGUAGCUUCUAUUUGGGGGCAAUGCAAAAAAUAUCUAACAA